CCAUCUCCAGCAGAUGUAGUUCCCUGUUCUUGGUGGCUGUUGAGAGGAAGCUUCACCCGGAGGAGGUGGGGUCGGAGGUCUGCCGCAGCAGACUGCAGCUGUUCAGCCUGGCAGGAGGAGCCAGCAGGACUGACCUCAGAGGAGUCAGCCCACUGGUGAAGGUGAUGGAGCAAACGCAAUGUGAAGCCACAACAAGUGACAAGAUCCUCCCUUUCCUCCUUAAUGAUGCCCUAACAGGAAACAACAGGACGGUGCUCGUCUACUGUAUCCAGCCUCAAGGCGUUUUAGAUGACGAAACCCGCUCUGCUUUAGCUUUGGCCCAGAAGGUGAGAAGUUUGGUAACUAUGGCCACUGUUGACCGCUGGUGUCCAAGGGCAACAGAGCAAACGCUGAGAGAAAACAUCGUGGAUCAAAGAGCAGUCAUGAUGUCACGGGGGGAACAUGACGUUCACAACCCCUUCAGGCUCGCAGAGCUGACCCAUAACCUGCAGAUUGUGAAAGAUCAGUCAUGGGAGAAGAGGAGGGAGAAGUCAAAGAAGAUAAAACAGAGUUGUCGGACCCCAAAUAGCAAUGUGCACGGCAGAGAUCACAGAGAGAGUACACACACGAUGAAAUAUUUACAAGCCCAACUGAAACAAGAAAUGGAAGAGCAUAUCAGAGAGGGUAAAGGGAAUAUAGAGAAAGUUCAGGAGCGAGUAACAAGAAUCCAGCAGCUGAGGGAGGCUCUCAGAGAAGAGACACUGAAGAACGGGGCUGCUACAGAGCAAUCUGACCUCUGUCAACAAUCUCAGUUGGAGAACAGCAAAGGGCUGGAGAGGAGGACGCAACUUAAGGAGGACCAUGGGAGAUUAAUUCAGGAGGAGGUGGAGAAGAUGGAGAGGGACUUGGCACAGGAACAGCUACCGACAGAAGGCCCCCAGAGAGAGCUGCUGGUGCUGACCGGAGAGAGGCGGGUCCUUGUGAUGCAGAUGGAGGCGCUGCGUGCCGAGGCCCAGCAGGCUGACAGAGACCUGCAGAAUCAAUAUCAUAAACACCAAACAGAGCUGCAUUGUCUAAGAGAAGAAAGCCUGCAGGUGUUCAGAGCGUUUCGUCAGGUGAGUGAGGAGCAGAGGAGGAUGUCAGAGGACAGAUACAGAAGUGUGCUGCUGGAGGCUGUGCAGGAUGCAGUCUACCUCUCUGCCCAGAACCAGGAGCUGCAGGCUGACAACAAACAACUCCGUAAAGCACUGGGCGAGUUAAAGGAUACGCUAUCUGUGCGAGGUGAUCCUACGGCUGAACCGUCGUCCCAACAACAAUGAAUAUAUGUCUUAAGAAUGUUUAUGAAUCAGUGCGCUUGACGUAAAUCACG